AUGUUUGAUGACUCUUGGAGCAGAUCGAUGUGGCGCGCCACAUGGAUUUUAUGUUUUUCUUUACUCAUCCACUCCACACAAGCUCAAGAUGACGUUCCUCCCUACUUCAAGACAGAGCCGGUGCGCAGCCAGCUCCAUCUGGAGCGCAACAGGCUGGUGCUGACCUGUAUGGCCGAGGGGAGCUGGCCACUGGAGUUCAAAUGGAUCCACAACAACACGGAGUUGACCCGCUUUUCACUUGAGUACAGGUAUCUGAUCCCUUCAUUGGACCGUUCCCAUGCUGGCUUCUACCGCUGCAUCGUCAGGAAUCGAGUGGGAGCCCUUCUACAGAGGCGUACAGAAGUACAGGUGGCCUUUAUGGGCAGUUUUGAAGAAGGUGAACGUACACAGUCUGUCUCUCAAGGAGAGGGCGCCGUUGUACCCGCGCCGCGCAUUCGCAGCUUCCCCCAGCCACAAGUCACCUGGUUCAGAGAUGGGCGCAAGAUUCCACCAAGCAGUCGCAUUGCCAUCACUCUGGACAACACGCUGGUCAUCUUGUCUACGGUGGCACCAGAUGCCGGGCGUUACUACGUACAGGCGGUAAAUGACAAGAACGGAGAGAACAAAACCAGCCAGCCCAUCACCCUGUCAGUAGAGAAUGUUGGAGGUCCAGCAGACCCCAUUGCCCCCACCAUCAUCAUCCCUCCCAGGGACACUAGCGUGGUCACAGGCACGUCAGAGGUCACACUGGAGUGUGUGGCCAAUGCCAGACCUCUUAUCAAGCUAAGUAUCUCAUGGCGUAAGAAUGGCGUAUUGGUGACCAGCGGUUUGAGUGACUUCAACCGCAGGCUGACCAUCCUCAGUCCUGUGGUGAGUGACGCCGGCUUUUACGAGUGUGAGGCCAUUCUCCGCAGCAGCAGUGUGCCCUCAGUCAGUGCUGGGGCUUAUCUGCACGUACUAGAGCCACCGCAGUUUAUUAAAGAACCAGAGAAACACAUCACAGCUGAAAUGGAGAAGGUUGUAGACAUACCCUGUCAGGCACGAGGAGUGCCCCAGCCAGAUAUCGUGUGGUACAAGGAUGCUUUGCCCAUUGACCCAGUGAAAACACCCAGGUACCGGGUGCUGGUGGGAGGCAGCCUGCAGGUCAAUGGCCUCCUGCCUGAUGACACCGGGAUGUUCCAGUGCUUUGCCAGGAAUUUGGCAGGAGAAGUCCAGACUAACACAUACCUGGCUGUUACCAGCAUUGCCCCAAAUAUCACAGCCGGACCCUCUGACAGCACUGUGAUCGACGGUAUGUCAGUCAUCCUGCACUGCGAGACCUCUGGUGCUCCGAGACCGGCUAUCACCUGGCAGAAAGGCGAGCGCGUGUUGGCCAGUGGUUCUGUCCAGCUGCCCAGGUUCACCCUGCUCGAGUCAGGCAGCCUGCUCAUCUCCCCCUCCCACAUCUCAGAUGCCGGGACCUACACUUGCAUGGCCAGCAACUCCAGGGGCAUCGAUGAGGCGUCCGCUGACCUCGUGGUUUGGGCUCGCACCCGAAUUACCACACCCCCACAGGACCAGAGUGUUAUAAAAGGAACUAAAGCCAUUUUGACCUGUGGAGUCACACAUGACCCCAGUGUAACUGUCAGGCAUGUCUGGGAGAAGGAGGGCUCAGUGAUCAGCGUCCAGUCCACCCCUCGCCUUCGGCUAGAAGAAGACGGCACCCUCCACAUCUCCCAAACCUGGUCAGGUGACAUAGGCACAUACACGUGCAGAGUAACAUCCGUUGGCGGCAACGACUCCCGCAGCGCCCACCUCCGCGUCAGGCAGUUGCCCCAUGCCCCGGAAAACCCUACAGCCGGUCUGAGCACAUCUGAAAAAAGAGCCAUCGACCUGGCCUGGGCCAAACCCUUUGAUGGCAACAGUCCUCUCAUACGCUACAUUCUGGAGGUUUCCGAGAACAAUGCUCCCUGGGCCAUCCUGCUGGCCAAUAUUGAGCCAGAAUCCAUAGCAGUGACAGUCAGUGGUUUGAUCCCAGCGCGCUCCUAUCAGUUCCGACUCUGUGCCGUUAAUGAUGUGGGGAAGGGGCAGUUCAGCAAGGAGACAGACCGUGUCUCUCUUCCAGAGGAGCCUCCCAGUGCUCCCCCUCAGAAUGUUAUAGCUAGCGGUCGGACCAACCAGUCCAUCAUGAUCCAGUGGCAACCCCCACCAGAAAGCCAUCAAAAUGGCAUUCUAAGGGGCUACACCAUCCGGUACCGUCUCACUGGGCUGCCUGUGGACUACCAAAUCAAGAACAUUUCCAGCCAUGAUGUGACCAACCUGCUGCUGGAGGACCUCAUCAUCUGGACUAACUAUGAGAUUGAGGUGGCUGCCUACAAUGGGGCAGGUUUGGGCACGUUCAGCCAUAAGGUGACUGAGUGGACUCUGCAGGGAGUACCAACCAUCACACCGGGCAACGUGCAGGCCGAGUCAGUCAACUCAACAACGAUCCGUUUUACGUGGACAGCCCCUAACCCUCAGUUCAUCAACGGCAUCAACCAGGGCUACAAGUUACUGGCCUGGGAGCCAGGCAGAGAUGAAGAAGUUUCUAUGGUAACAGUACGACCAAACUUCCAGGACAGCGUCCAUGUGGGAUAUGUGACAGGUCUGAAGAAGUUCACCGAGUAUUACACAUCUGUGCUGUGUUUCACUACGCCCGGAGACGGCCCCCGCAGCCCGCCCAAAGCAUUAAGGACACAUGAGGACACCCCCGGUGCUGUGGGCCACCUAAGUUUCACCGAGAUCCUGGAUACCUCACUUAAAGUCAGCUGGAGUGAGCCCGGCGAGAAGAACGGCGUUCUCACAGGCUACCGCAUUUCGUGGGAGGAGUACAACCGCACAAACACUAGAGUCACCCACUACCUGCCGAAUGUCACCUUAGAGUACAGGGUCACUGGACUCACUGCUCUCACCACCUACACUAUUGAAGUGGCAGGCAUGACCUCCAAAGGCCAGGGCCAGCUGUCCUCUUCCACUAUUUCCUCAGGCGUCCCCACCAGGCUCCCCGGUCCUCCAACCAACAUGGCAAUUUCCAACAUCGGCCCACGCUCUGUCACCCUGCAAUUCAAACCUGGUUAUGAUGGCAAAACUUCCAUUUCCCGAUGGCAGGUGGAGGCCCAGGUUGGUGUGGUAGGGAGAAAAUGAGGGACUGGGUGACGGGUCCACCAGGUGUCCAAUGAGCCUGAUGCUCGCUCCUUAGAAGUGCCAGGUCUCAACCCAUACACCUUCUACAGGUUCCGGAUGCGUCAGGUGAACAUUGUGGGCACCAGCCCUCCCAGCCAGCCUUCCAGGAAGAUCCAGACCCUGCCAGCUCCUCCAGACAUGGCUCGCAAUGUCACCCUGCGCACUGCGAGUGAGACUAGCCUCUGGUUACGAUGGAUGCCUUUGCCCGAAUGGGAAUACAAUGGGAAUGCAGAGCAGUUGGGGUACAGGGUACAGUACUCCCGUGCAGGCUCACAGGGCCGGGCACUGACCCAUGUUAUUGCUGACCGCCUGGAGAGAGAGUUUACUAUUGAGGACCUGGAGGAGUGGACAGAGUACGAGGUCAGGGUCCAGGCUGUCAACGGCAUCGGGAUGGGACCUUGGAGCCAGCCAGUCAGAGGCAGGACCAGGGAGUCUGUUCCCUCCUUAGGGCCAACCAACGUCUCUGCCUUUGCCACCACCUCUAGCAGUAUACUAGUACGCUGGUUUGAGGUUCCUGAGCCAGACAGAAAUGGACUCAUUUUGGGCUACAAGGUGGUGUACAAAGAGAAAGACUCUGACAGUGCAGUCCACUUCUGGACAGUGGAGGGCAACGCCACACACAGUGUCCAGCUGACUGGUUUGGGCAAAUAUGUGCUCUAUGAGAUCCAGGUUCUGGCUUUUACACGAAUUGGAGACGGACGGCCUAGUUCCCCACCCAUCUUGGAGAGGACUUUGGAUGAUGUUCCAGGGCCUCCAGUGGGUAUCCUGUUCCCUGAAGUGAGGACCACCUCAGUACGGCUUAUAUGGCAGUCUCCUUCACAGCCUAAUGGCAUUAUACUUGCCUACCAGAUCACAUACCACCUCAAUUCCACCAAUAGCAACACGGCCACAGUGGACGUGCUGAGCCCCAGCGCUCGUCAGUACACAGUGACCAGCCUGAAGCCGGAGUCCGUCUACGUGUUCCGCAUCACAGCACAGACACGGAAGGGCUGGGGCGAGGCCGCCGAGGCACUGGUGGUCACCACGGAGAAAAGAGCUCGUCCUCAGCCUACCAGCCGUCCCACAGUGCCUCAGAAAGAUGUUCAGGCACGCCAUGUUUUGCUUUCAUGGGAGCCAGGCAGUGACGGUCUUUCCCCUGUACGUUACUACACGGUGCAGCUCAGAGAGCUUCCUGAGAGCAACUGGACUGUCCACUCUGCCUCUGUUAACCAUGAAGCCUCCUCCUACAUAGUAUCCAGGCUGAAACCCUUCACAUCCUACCAGUUCCGAGUAAAAGCCACCAACGACAUAGGGGACAGUGAGUACAGCGAGGAAAGUGAAGCUAUCACAACGCUACAGGAUGCGCCCGACGAAGCACCCGCUAUUCUCUCCGUCACGCCACACACAACAACGUCAGUGCUGAUUCGCUGGCAGCCUCCCUCUGAGGAGAAGAUAAAUGGAAUUUUACUGGGAUUUCGGAUCCGAUUCCGGGAGCUGCUGUAUGACCGUCUCCGCAGUUACUCUGUUCAUACCAUCAACAGUAUGUCAACCUGGGCUGAGCUUACUGCCCCAUACAGCAUCCAGAAUCUGAGUGAUCCUACUCUGACCCAGUAUGAGCUGAACAAGCUGAGUAAACACAAGCGCUAUGAAAUUCGCAUGAGUGUGUACAACGCUGUGGGCGAGGGGCCAACCAGCCCACCGCAUGAGGUGUUUGUGGGAGAAGCAGUGCCCACAGCCCCACCCCAGAAUGUGGUCAUUCAGUCCGCAACAGCCACCCAGCUGGAUGUAACGUGGGAACCUCCUCCUGUAGACGCUCAGAAUGGAGACAUCCAGGGCUACAAGGUUUACUUCUGGGAGUUCAAGCGUAAGAAUGAGACAGAGCGGCUGCGCACUCUGUUCAUGCCUGAGGGAGGGGUGAAGCUGAAGAACCUGACUGGUUAUACCACGUACAUGAUUAGUGUAGCGCCAUUCAAUGCUGCUGGGGACGGACCCCGCAGCCCCCCAACCAGGGGACGCACUCAGCAAGCAGCUCCCAGUGCUCCCAGCUUCAUCCACUUCAGUGAGCUGACCACCACCUCGGUCAACGUGUCCUGGGGCGAGCCCACCUUUCCUAAUGGCAUCAUCGAGGGCUACCGUCUGAUCUAUGAACCCUGCACACCUGUAGAUGAGUCCUCAGUGGCCUGUGCCGACUGUCUUCACUCCCCCUCCCCCCCAGGCGUCAGUAAGACAGUGAUGGUGGACGUGAAGGGAAGCGGACCCCUCUGGUUGAAGCUCAGAGAUUUGGUCGAUGGCAUCACUUAUAACUUCCGCAUCCGGGCCAAGACCUUCAUCUACGGGCCCGAGGUGGAGGCCAACAUCACCACUGGCCCGGGAGAAGGUGCCCCGGGGCCCCCUGGAGAGCCUUUUAUCACACGCUAUGGUGCGGCCCUGACCAUCCACUGGACCAGCGGGGACCCAGGACGUGCUCCCAUCACACGCUACGUUAUCGAAGCCAGGCCUUCAGAUGAAGGAUUGUGGGAUAUCCUAAUCAAGGACAUUCCUAAAGAAGUGACAUCGCACACAUUCAACAUGGAUAUUCUGAAGCAAGGAGUCAGUUAUGACUUCCGGGUAAUAGGAGUGAAUGAUUAUGGCUAUGGCUCUCCAAGUCUACCCUCUCCUUCUAUAUCUGCCCAAAAAGUGGCGCCUUUCUAUGAGGAGUGGUGGUUCCUGGUUGUGGUGGCUCUGGUGGGGCUCAUCUUCAUCCUGCUGCUGGUUUUCAUCCUCAUUAUCAGGGGACAGAGCAAGAAGUAUGCCAAGAAGUCUGAAUCAGGUAACAACUCCAACUGUAACGCCCUUACCCACGGAGACAUGGUGAGUCUGGAUGAAGGCCGUUUCCCCGCUCUGGAGCUCAACAACCGCCGACUGUCUGUGAAAAACUCUUUCUGCCGGAAAAACGGUGUCUACACCAGGUCUCCUCCCAGGCCCAGCCCAGGCAGUCUCCACUACUCAGACGAGGACGUCAGCACAAAAUACAAUGAUCUGAUACCUGCAGAGAGCAGCAGCCUGACUGAGAAACCUUCAGAAAUCUCAGACUCACAGGAGGCGCUGGUGUUUUCAUAUGGGACAGGUGGUCUACAUACACUUCCACUGCAUUUGGGCAGCGACAGUGAGUAUGAGGUGGACCCCAACCGACAGAAGACCCACUCCUUUGUCAAUCACUACAUAAGUGACCCCACUUACUACAACUCCUGGCGCCGCCAACAGAAAGGCAUAUCGCGUGCGCAGGCUUACAGCUACACAGAGUCCGAGUCAGGCGAGCCAGAGAUUUGCGCCCCACCGCCACUUCCUCCUCUACCUCCACUGCCACCCCAGCUCAGUUCACCUAGCCCCCAGCCUCAGCAGGCCCAGGGACAACCCCAGGGCCAAGGCAGCCUGUUCAGGCCCAAAGGUAGCCGGACUCCCACCCCCUCCCAGCAGAGCUCCAACCCCCCAAGCCAGCACAGCACCCUCUACAGGCCCCCCAGCAGCCUAGCCCCUGGCUCACGGGCCCCCAUUGCUGGCUUCUCCUCCUUUGUGUGA